UGGUCUAGCAAAAUCACUAACGAUAGCAAUGAUUCCAAUCGCCAAAAUACCAAUUUACAGCAUGUUAAUUAAACUUCAACUAAAGAAAAACAAGUUUUUAGCAACUUCUAGCACAUCUGGAAUUAGAUCCAAACCAUAAACCGAAUCCACCAAACACCAAAAUUCCAAAACACAUACACAACCAUUGUUUUUGGCAUUUAGGUUCGCAAAUCAUUGAGU